CGUUUCCGCCGCCGUGAUGAGCGCUCAGACUCCGGGUGCGUUUCCCUUUAAAUCCCGCUGAGCUCACAGACAGCAGAGGACGGCGCACCGAGCACCAUGGACUCAUGACAAACACCGCCAUCGGAUGCUUGGACCUCAUACCUGCAGAUUUGCCCAUCAUGGAAAUGGAUAUUGAUGUGAUGCAGUCAUUUUCCUCAAAGGAGGAGGAGAUUGACUUCUGGAAGGCUCUUUCCCUCAAGUACAAGAAAGGCUGUGAGGAGGCUCAGGAGGAGCUGCUGGAGUUUCAGGAGGGAAGCCGGGAGCUGGAGGCCGAGCUGGAAGCUCAGCUGAGCCAGGCCGAGACUCGCAUCAAAGACCUCCACUCUGAGAACCAAAGACUCAAAAAUGAGGUGGAAACACUGAAGGAAAAGCUGGAGCAGCAGUAUUCUCAGAGCUACAAGCAGAUCACGCUGCUGGAGGACGACCUGGGUCAAAUGCGCGGCAUCAAGGAGCAGCUUCACAAAUACGUCAGAGAGCUGGAACAGUCCAACGAUGACUUGGAGAGAGCCAAGAGAGCCACUAUUGUGUCCCUGGAGAACUUUGAGCAGCGUCUGAACCAGACCAUCGAGCGGAACGCCUUCCUGGAGAGCGAGCUGGAUGAGAAGGAGUCGCUUAUGGUCUCUGUGCAAAGAUUAAAGGAUGAAGCCAGAGAUUUGAGGCAGGAGCUGGCUGUGCGAGAGAGGCAGUCAGAUGUCAGCCGGAUGUCUGCUCCCAGUUCGCCCACUCAGGACAACAUGAAGAUGGACUCCGCCGUGCAGGCGUCCCUCUCCUUGCCUGCAACCCCGCUGAGCAAAGGUCUGGACACCGUCUUCACCAACCCGCCAACAGUGUUGUCCAGUUGCUACGGCAGUAACUCGCCUCUGACACCAUCGGCCAGAAUAUCAGCCCUCAACAUUGUUAGCGAUUUACUGCGGAAAGUUGGGGCGCUUGAGUCCAAGCUUGCCGCUUGCAGGAACUUUGCCAAGGACCAGAAAUCCAGGAAGACGUACACGCUCGACAAUGGCAACGUGCUGAACGCAAACACAGCCAUCUACACACAAGCACUGCACACCUCGUAUUAUGAUAAGGCCACCACCAUGAACAGGCUGAAACCAGGCCCCACGCCGGCUGUCACGGCACCUCCCGUCUCCUCGUCUGCCGGCUUGGUUCCCCUCGCUGUGUGAUCCUGCCUAAAGCCAAGAUGCCAGUGCUACACAGGGAAGCCAAGAGCGAGCACCAAGGCCUCAACUGUACAUCUGUCUCUGCGUCUCCUCCAUGUUGUCUGACGUUCUUACUUAGCACUUGUGCUUUCGUAUCUGCAGUGUACCCAUCGUCCCGUGUGUAAAUAUUCUUUCUGUUCCUGCUGUUUGCUCACUCUCUGGAAAUACUUAACAUCCGUCUCUUCCUGUUUCUGGGUGACCCAUUUUUCUCAGAAAAAGGAAAAAUUAUGCAAAUAGUGUUAGAAAUAUUGAUGAAACAGCUAAGAAUUUGACUUGUUUGUGUGCAAACAGACUUUACCCACAAAGUUAUCUAUCAUUUAGCAAUAACACCUGUUGACCUUCUGCAGUGUAAAGACUUUUUAAUUGGAAGACACUGCUGUGUGGAACAAGAUGAAGUCACAUGACCCGUUUCUCCAUCACCUACUGAUGUUUAAAAAUGUGCAAACUGAACUCCUCAAAUCUUCAAAAACACAACCUCAUGCAUAUAUGCUGAACCUGCAUUUAACUUGACUUUAGUUUUGAAGCAGUAGAGAAGUCAAAAACGGUUUAAACGUUUGAGCUGGUUCUAGUAAUCACCAGUGGGGCUGUGGUUCAAACCCGUUAACCAGCAUUUUUCUUACAUUUACAAAUGUGUUUUUUUCCAGCUUUUCAUUAAGUUAAUAACCAUUACAGUAGGUUCCUAAAAUGAAGCACUUUGACUUCAUGUGAACUUUGAUUUUUGUUUCAAUGUUUUAUAUUUGUGCAAUACACCUGUUUAUUACAAUUCAUAAUGUUUAUUUAUUUUAGAUUUCUUUAAGCAUGUUCUAAUAAAAGAUGUAUUUAUACUGUCA